CUGCUGCGAUUAAUUGUCUUUCCAAUACCAAUCCAAUGAAAUUACAAAUUAUACAAAUUUAUAAUAUUCGGUAUCAAGAAUUUGAUUAUGAAGCAUAUCUUCUUUCUUAUUAUUUACAUCCGUUAUAUAGAGGAUAUGGUCUUAAAGAUAAAAUGUUUCAGGUGGCUUGUAUUACAGCAGGAAAUUAUUGGAAAGCUCUAGGUCACGAUCAAGCAGAAUGUAAUGAUUUACUUAGAGAAUUUCGAAAAUAUAAACGAAGAGAAGAUCCUUAUGAUAUGGAAUAUGAUCCUUCAAACGAAUUUCCAUUAGCUUGGUGGCUGACUUUUAAUGACAAAUCUAAUAUAGAAGAAUUGGCAGUUAAGAUGUUUUCUAUUGUACCAUCGCAAGUUUCAUGUGAAAGAAAUUUUUCAAUACUCAAAUGGUUUUAUAGUGACCGUCGAAAUAGAUUAAAUAUUAAACAUAUUGAAUCUAUGGCAAAAUUAAGAUCUUUUUGGCUUUUAAAUAUUCGUAAUGAAUUAACUUUUUACGGAAAAAACUUAUCAGAACAAGAUCUUCGAAAUUAUGCAAAUACUUCAAUUAUACAACAAUUUUCAUCGUCUCAAGAUUCAUAUUAUAAUGAAGAAUCUGUAAUUUCACAAUCAACUGAAUUAUCAACAAAUCAACUAUUAUCAAAUCAAUUGGAAAUUGCAAAUAUUGUUAAUCUUUCUUUAUUAUUUUUUGAAUCUGAUGAACUUAAAGAACCUAAUUGGAAUAAAUGUCAAACACAAUUAAGAGAAAUUCAAAGAGAAGGAAGUGGAAUAAUGGAUUUUGAAAUAAUUGAUUUAACGAAACAAAUUUUAGAUGAAGAAAUUACUUUUGAAUAA